AUGGCCUCUCGCCUCUACAGCCGAUGCCUGGCCCUGCGCUCCAGUGUCUGGGUCUCAGCACAGGGUUCGCGCCAUAUCAGUCAAGCAGCAUCGGUCAAGAAGACCCUGGAAGAGUCUGAGUAUGAUGGCCCUCAUAUGAAGACUGCGGUCCCCGGGCCAGUGUCACUGGCAUUGCAGAAACAGCUGGGAGAGAUCCAGAAUGUCCAGUCGCUGAACUUCUUCUGUGAUUACGAAGAGAGCAAGGGGAACUACCUGGUGGAUGUGGAUGGAAACCGCAUGCUAGAUGUCUACACUCAAAUCGCCUCCAUACCUAUUGGGUACAACCAUCCUGCCCUUGUGAAGGUCGUGACCGAUCCUCAUAAUCUGAGUGCCUUUGUUAACCGGCCAGCUCUGGGUAUGCUUCCGCCCCGGAUGUUUCCAGAAAAACUGCUGGACGGGUUACUCUCAGUAGCCCCAAAGGGCUUCAAACGUGUGCAGACGAUGGCUUGUGGCUCCUGCGCCAAUGAAAACGCCUACAAAGCCAUUUUCAUUUGGUACAGAACUAAACAAAGAGGUCACAGUAACGCAACUCCUGAAGAGAUGACAACCAGUGUCAUUAACCAGGCUCCUGGUUGUCCUGAGCUCAGUAUUCUGUCCUUCAUGGGAGGAUUCCACGGCAGAACUAUGGGCUGCCUGUCCACCACGCACACCAAGGCCAUUCAGAAGCUGGAUGUGCCCUCAUUUGACUGGCCGAUGGCGCCCUUUCCCAAACUGCGAUACCCGCUGUCUCAGUAUGAGCGAGAGAAUGCGCAGGAAGAGAAGAGAUGUUUGGAGGAGGUGGAGGACCUUAUCGUUAAAUGGGGGGAGAAAGGCAAACCAGUAGCAGGCGUUGUGAUUGAGCCCAUACAGGCGGAGGGAGGGGACAACUACGCCUCUGCUGACUUCUUCAGGAAGCUCCGAGCCAUUGCUAAGAAGCAUGGGAGUGCAUUUCUGGUGGAUGAGGUCCAAACGGGGGGCGGCUCCACCGGACUGUUCUGGGCUCACCAGCACUGGGGACUGGAUGACCCGGCAGACAUCGUCUCCUUCAGCAAGAAACUGCUGACGGGGGGGUACUUCUACAAAGAUGAGUUUGAGCCAGACAAGCCCAUGAGGAUCUUUAACACCUGGAUGGGGGAUCCUACCAGGAACAUGUUCCUGUCUGAGGUGCUGAAGGUGAUGAGAGCCGAGAAUCUGAUGGACCAGGUGAAGCGAACGGGUCAUGUCAUGCUCAAUGGCCUGUACGACUUACAGGCUCGUUAUCCUCAUCUCCUCAGUAAAGCCAGAGGACUGGGGACAUUCUGUGCCAUCGACGUCAAGGAUGAGGACACGCGCAACAAGCUCAUCCUCAAGGCCAGAAACAAGGGUGUUGUACUGGGAGGCUGUGGCACCCAGUCCAUCAGAUUUCGACCUGCCCUGGUGUUCAAAGAACAUCACGCACAACUCUUCUUGAACAUCUUCAAUGAUGCCUUGGCUGACAUGAAGUAAAGGGCUGGGAAGACUUCCACAUGACAUUUUUAUCUUGCCAUACUAUGAACAAUAGCACACCUACAACAAUAGAUAUGCUGUAUUGUUUUUGCUGUCAAAUGAUGCAUUUCUGAUGCAAUGCCAAUCAUUAUUCAAUGUUGCUAAAUAUACCCAUACAUUUUAUGCAUUGUAAUUCUUUUAACUUCUUUGGUCAGGCUGAAAGCCAUACAUGCAUCACCUUCACUAU